AAAUUUUGAGGUCCAAUUAAUUAUGAAAAAUCCCAUUUCCCACUCUUUAAACCCUGGCUAUGCUACUCCGCCGAGCCACCACCGUCUCCCUUCUCUUCUUCUCCACCUCCGCCGCCACAAAACCUUUCGCCAAAAUCCCAUGGAAACACCGGUCCAAAAUCAUCCAAGAAUCGCAGGCGGCGCUUCUCGACUACCUCCACACCACCCGCGCUCUCCCUUUCAUCUACGCCGACCACAUCUCCAGAAAUUCGCAUCAGUGCCUCUGGAACGUCGUCUCCAAAAUCCCCUUUUCGCCUCACAAUUUCUCGUGCUCCUUCCAGCGAUUCCUCAGGUACCAUCCAAUCAACGAGCUCGAUUUUCUAUUCGAAAGCAUUGGAUUGAAUUGUGACGAAGAGAGCGAAACCGCGCGUGACAUUUUGCCUAAAAAUACGUUCUUUAUCUCUGAUUGGAAGCGUUUUGAUGUGGUCUGUGCAUUGGGCGGGAUGGGUUUCCCUUGGAAGAAACUGGGAUUGCUGUGUAGAGAUGAUUGUUCGGUGUUCAAAGUCGAUCCGUCGCAUUUGGAGAGGAGGAUUGAAGAAAUUAAGUGUUUUGGGUUUAAUGGUGUUAGUGUGAUUGGUAUAGGCUUGGCCUUUCCUCAAGUUUUGUAUAGCAAUGCUGAUGGAUUAUUGGGUGAUUUGAAGAUAUUAAUGUUGGAUUAUGAUUUGUUGAGUUGUGUUGAUGAGAAUGUGGAUGCUUUGUUGGAGGUUUGUGAGAAAAUCAAGCUGUUUUAUGACUUGGGUUGUGAGAUGGGGAAAGUUGGGGAGUUGUUGGGAAGAAGCAAACACAUAUUUAUUGAGUACUCGAAAGAGCAUCUGAUUGGCAAGAUUGAGUAUUUUUGUAGGUUGAAUGUUGGGAGAGUUCAAGUUGGGUUAUUACUUUUGUCAAGACCUGAGAUCUUUGGUUUUGAUCUUGGGGGUCGGGUCAUUUCAGUUUCGGGGUUUCUGGCACACUUUGGAAUGGGAGAGGAAGAGUUGAAGUCGCUCGAGCAGAAGUACCCUCAUGUUUUUGGGAGGAAUAGAUUAGAGAAUGUGCCUAGUGUGAUGAGGGCGAUGGAUAUUGGUGAGUGGUUCUUUGAGAGACUUCAAAAUGGGGAUCCGGCUUUGUUGACUGCUUAUACCAUGCCGAGUGGCGAGGACUUGGAUAAGCACUAUGAAGAGGGCUUGAGGAAAUUAGAAGAUAAAAGAACGAGGGCAUAUAUGAAAACAAAGUUGGAUUUCAUACACAGCCUUGGUUUUGGAGAGAAUCGAUUUGCAAUUAAAGCCUUGUCUCAAAUGCACAGCUCUCGCAGUGAACUGCAGCAGAGGUUCGAUAUCCUUCUCUCCUGUGGGGUCGAAUACUCCAGACUCUGUGCUAUAUUGAAGUUUGCGCCAAGGGUUCUCAACCAAAAUCCGAGCCAACUGGAAAAGAAAAUCGAGUUCUUCUGCAAUGAAAUGGGUGCUUCGGUGCAGUACUUAGAUGUUUUCCCUGGAUAUCUUUGUCAUGACUUGGAGAAACGAAUCAAACCAAGAUUCAGAUUCCACAAAUGGCUAAAGGAGCAGGGCUAUUGUAAAAAGAACUACUCCAUGGCCACCAUAAUAGCCACUAGUGAGAAAACAUUCAUUGCUCGUAUUUCUCGUAUGAACCAUGCUGCAGCAAAGAUGUGGGAGCAGCUACAGAAAUAGAUGGAAUUGCAAGCUCCCGAGAGUUAAGAAGUGACAGGCUGCAGCAUAGCUUCAUGGAGUCGGUGUUUCGUUUCCCCCGUCCCCCCUGCAUUCAAUUAUUUACUUUGCUGUUUCUUUUUCUGCAUCCCGGUUCGGACACUCAUUGAUGUUUGCAGUUACCAAUAUUUAUGUAACUUUGAACAUUGUCAUCAUGUAGUUUAUCUGCUCAUCAACUAAUGUGUAUUCUUUGAGUGGGCUGAUUGUCAAAUACAGGCCUAGUUAUCUUCCC